AUGGCUGAGGUUAAGGAUACACAAGGCAGCCGGCCUAUUAAAUUCACCCUCACUCACUAUCGUAAACCGGAGCAUACUCAUGAAGCCUUUAUCGAUUGGAUUGUCAAUUGGCACCUCCCACGUGCGAUCCCUAUCUUCAAAAAGCAUGGAAUACUUGAGUACAAGAUCUUUACAACUCCUUCUGACAUGAAUUCCGGGUUGAAGGCUAUGAUGAUCGAGAAGCGUCCAACUUGGAGCUUUGCUGACUUCGACUGCUUCCUGGAGUACACAGUCCCCAACAUCGAGGCCCUCAACAAUGUCAUGUCAGACCCUGACUGGCCAGCUGCCUUGGAGCAGGAACCUGAUUGGGUUGAUGCGAGCAGGUCUUUGCUUUCUAUUGGAUAUGAAACACCUUACCUUCUGAGCAAUGGAGAUGUUGUGAACGUCCCUGGCAUUUCCAAAUAA